CUGUGUGAAAAUCCUGCAGACCUUGGUGUUCAAUAAGCUAUCAAUAAUCUAUCAUGAUGAAAUUAGUCGGAUGUACCUCCAGUGAAACAUUCUGGUAUUUCUGACGUGGUCAGAGCAGGAGAGGAGGUAAUGUAAGCAGGGCUGGAGGGAGGAGGAGGUGAGCUGUGCACAGCACCGCAGCGGACCGGACGGUCAGCUUGUAAACCGAUGCCCCUUUAACACGGCGCGGUGACGUCAUCCCUUUUUUUGACGGGGGGCAGGCAGCGGGAGAAGAAGGCAGCGGAUGUACCCAGGGUGAAGGAUGCCCAGGAUAAUGUCACCGCUUCGCUCGCUCUCCCGACCAUCCGUAUCAUGAUAAACGCUGUCGGGGCGCUCGCCCGCAGGAUGCCGUCCGCGGCCCGGCGGAGCGGAUGCUGGAUCGCGUGCUGCCAGGCGGUGCUGCUCGGCGUGUCGGCGCUGGUGAUCGUGGCCGAACGGACCGCUCUGUUCUACUGUAUAGGGUUUUACCUUUGGAACGAGGAGACGCAAUGGGCGGGCCUCACUCUCGGCCUCUUUCUACCGGGGACGGCAGUUCAGCUGCUCAGUAUGAAAUGGUACUACGAUGACGGUGAUGACAGGCGAUGCUACCUCUCUGUCAUACACAUACUGCACUUGGGCAUCUUCAAAAGGUUGUGGGACUGUAUGAGGUCUGUGCUGCGCAGGCAGGACUCAGUGGCCGAGCUCGGGGCUGCUGUCAUGCAGCAGGCGGAUGCUGCUGCUCUCUGGCUGCUGGAGGCCCUCGUCCUCACGCUGCCUCAGAGCCUGCUGCAGGCGUAUGUCGUGGUGUCCACGGAUGUGGGCAUCAUGUCCCCAGUGGCCUAUUGCUGUGGCCUGUGUGUGCUGUCAGUUUCCUGGGCCCUGGUGCUGUACAGCAGAGCCUGCUGUCUGAUACGACCGGGCCACCUGGCCAUGCCUCCGGCAGCCCUGCUGUGCCAGCUGGUGUGGAGGGCGGGCAUGCUGGGUGCAAGGGUGACUUGCCUCAUGUUCUUUGCCAGGGUGUUUAACUGGUGGGUCUGUGGAGUGGCAGGUUUCCACUGGCUCACAGCCUCCUUCUGGCUGGUAUCACAGCAACCAGACAUCUGCACUGGACCCUGGUGUUGGCGUGCCUUUAAUGCCAUAAUGGGGCUCGUCCAUGUCUUCCUCUUCCUCAAUGUCAAAGAUGGACCCUCGCGCUUCCGCAUGGCCAGUUUUUAUGCAUUCAUGCUCGUAGAGAACGCCACUCUGCUGCUGGCCGCCUCCGACUUCCUUAGCGAAGCGUCAUGGGACAGCAUGACCCUUCCCACCACUGUGCUGUGUAGCUUUCUCCUCGGCGGCACCUCUCUUGUCCUAUACUACCGGUUCCUCCACCCCAAGUCAACCGAGAUCUCCCAGGGUACGAACCACAACCACAUGGGCAGCACGUGCAUAGAACGAGGGGAGUCCUCCUUCUCUCUCAGGGACAAAAGCCUGCCAGCUCCCACCAUACAAAACCAUGGCAGCUUCUCACUCUCAGGUGUGGCUGGCUCUCUGCUGGAGCAUCCAGGAACCUGCGGGGUCCGGCCUAACAGCUCCUGCCCUUGCUACCACCACCACUGGCUCCUGAUCCGGCUGGCUCUGAAAACAGGAGACCUGGGGAAGAUAAACAGAGCAUAUGGGGCUGGCGGAGCAGCAGCAAUACUGGACAUGGAGGAGUACAACCAAGAGUUUAAGAGUAACGAGGGCAUGACCAUAACAGCGGGAGGCAGCUGCGAGGGCAUCUCCACCUCCGAGUCUCAGGGGAAAGGCCUCGCACCUCUCUCGGACUGCAAAGACGAGUUCCAGAGUGUGAGUGAACCCACGUCAACCGAACAACCUGAAGAGGAGGAUGACAGUCUGGAGAUGGAGAGCCCGAUGGAGUCCCCCACGUCAGAUUUCAAACGUAGCUCACCAGAGGGAAAGUCUGUGUUUGGUGACAGCCCGGAGCCAUACUUCUGCCCCACAGAGUCAAGCUCAACCUUAUAUUUCAGCGCCGAUCCUCAGUCUCCCAGCAGUGCCAGUAACCCCCGCUUGGACCGGGAUAUUGGGGGUCUGGAAAUGGGGGCACGCCUCAACUCAAUCCCCAGCGAUCCUGCACUUCACAGAGAUGUACGUGGGCUCAUGGGCCGGGUUGGGCCACGCUGUACCUCCACUCCUAAACUGGACUCUGGAGUGCUGGACUCCCCAUCGAGUGUCCCACAUCUCACAGGUCCAAGGAGGCAGCUCAUAAUGUCCCGGAGAGAUGAGGACAACAACUUCUAGCUUUCUCAAGACCGAAUCAGGGAGGGAGCAACGGCUACGUCUCCGACAUUAAAGGAGGAGUACACCAGCUUUUUGGAAGGCUGCUUUUUCAUCUGCUCAGUGCUGCAGAAAUGAUCACCUCUAAAUGUCUAUAUAUUUAGUACACUGUGGGGCAUAGUAUAUGCAACGAUUCUGAGAUACUGCUAAGCUAGCCUUCUCAAAUCAUAAGCUGUUUUCUAAAAGCAUUGCUUUGCCCAAAUGCUUGAAACACACAGGUGAAUCCUUCAGCACCUUCAGUUCUAACACGAAAGAAUAUAAUUAAAGAGCCAGUUAGCCACAAAGGUGGUUACGGAGCUCAACACACACAUUCUACCUGAUAUCCAGUAUUUCUUUUACAUUAUUUUGGCAGCCUCAACUGUGUUAAAAGUGAACACUGGUUCUGCCAGAUUAUAAGUACAUAUUAAAUAAGUAGCCAUGAGUUGUAUCAAAACAUCAUAAUAUGCAGCUGUUUAAUGAUCUCGCACAUCUGAUGAUCUCUAUGUUACAUACCGAAACUGCUGCUAUUCAUGUUAAAAACUGCCAGCAGUUAUGAGAAUAGAGAAAUGAUGCCGAAACCUAAACGGGGCAGGAGUGUGUGACCUCUGAGGCUUUACUAACUCAGCGUAAGCCUGAGCUUUGUUGGCUUCUUAAAAGCACAAGUAUCGUCUGUAUCAUACGUCUAUUGCUGUGAUUCCUUUGUUAUUCUCCUUAAAAAAAGAAAAGAAAUCUCUUAUCCCCUGAGAGAAUGAUAUACUGUAUUUUUUGUAUAAUCAUGUAAACUGGCAUUGCUUUGAGCAGGCAAACUGUGUUUAAUGUUUUAUCUUUAUUUACAUGUUGACCAUGUAAUUGCUAACAAAAAAAAGCGCGUUUUUUUGAAUUUUACAUUAUGUUGGAGUGGGAAAAAAAAUCAUGUCUCAGGCACCAACUUUAAAAAGCUUUCAAAUGUUUUAUCGUGUAUCAAAAAGAAGGGGGGAAAAAAGAUGCUUAUAGGAUACUCGUUGUGACUUUUUUAUGUGCUCUUGAUUGCCAUUUGUAGGGGAACAAAUGCAUUUUUUGCUCAUCACUGUUCUGUAAAAGGGAUGAGCUCCACUUAACAAGCAGUGAGACGGUGCUGGGUUUUUCUCUCGCACCCAGGUGACUGCCUAUAUGAAACUCUGAACUGUGAAGUGAAAGGCCACUGGUGGCUUUAAAUAAGCAAUAAAUAGCCUACAUAUUGGA